CAAAGCAACCUCACACCCUGACGCGCACACCAUCUCCGGCUCAGGACAGGAUCGACACUCACCCUCCAGCCAUGUUUGCAUUUCGACUUGUUACGCUUUAUGUGGGCCUGCUUCUUGUUUUCCUUUGGAAUAUACCAUGUUUUCAGUCAGCUGCUAUCAUCUCCCCGUCUGCCCCGAAGAGGAACAGGGGAGCCAGGCUCCCUCAUCAGGGCGGACAAAGGUCAACCAAACUCCUCAAAGACAUCUUCGCCUCUUCCCAUCAUGUGAGCAGCCAGCGCAAAGAAGACCCGAAGGACGAUGUGGUGCCGCACGAGUACAUGCUCUCCAUUUACAGGACCUACUCGGCAGCGGAGAAGCUCGGACUAAACGCCAGCUUUUUUCGCUCCUCUAAAUCUGCCAACACCAUAACAAGUUUCGUGGACAGAGGAACAGACGAUCUUUUGCACCCUCCUCUGCGAAGACAAAAGUAUCUGUUUGAUGUCUCAACCCUUUCAGACAAAGAGGAGCUGGUUGGGGCGGAAUUAAGGAUAUUUAGGAGAGCGUUGGGAGACUUACAGAAGACAGGCCUCUACCACAUUCAACUUUACCCCUGCAGCUCUGACAUGCUGCUGGACUCCAGACUGCUGGACCCUCUGGACUCCACCACGUCCAGAUGGGAGGUUCUAGACGUGUGGGAGAUGUUUAAAUCUCAUCAACAGCAUCAGCGGCAUUCCCAUCGUUAUCAUGAAGGGAACCAGCUCUGCUUCCAGCUCAGAGUCACUCUCGGUAAUCCCGACACCGAGUUGGACCUUAAGGUGCUGGGCCUGGACAGGAGCGGGCGGUCCCAGCAGGAGAAAGCCAUUCUGGUGGCCUACACACGCUCCAAGAAAAGGGAGAACCUGUUCAACGAGAUGAAAGAGAAGAUCAAGUCGCGGAGGUCUAUCAAGGAGAUAGAGGCGGUGAGCGCUUCCGAGGAGGAGGAGGAGGUGGGGGAGGAAGGGAUGCGCCUCAGGGGGGUCAGAGGAGAGGGACCCCGCAGGCGAAGGAGGACAGCCCUGAGCAACCGCCAUGGGAAAAGACACGGGAAGAAAUCCAAAUCUAGGUGCAGCAAAAAGGCGCUGCAUGUGAAUUUUAAAGAGCUGGGCUGGGACGACUGGAUCAUCGCCCCCUUGGACUACGAGGCGUAUCACUGUGAAGGGGUGUGUGACUUCCCGCUCAGAUCUCACCUGGAACCUACCAACCAUGCAAUCAUACAGACUCUCAUGAACUCCAUGGAUCCCAACAGCACCCCUCCCAGCUGCUGUGUCCCCACCAAACUGAGCCCAAUCAGCAUCCUGUACAUAGACUCGGGCAACAAUGUGGUGUACAAACAAUAUGAGGACAUGGUGGUGGAGCAAUGUGGGUGCAGGUAGCGGCCAUUCAGCAUCAAAUAAAACCUUUCAGAAGGCAAAAAAAAAAAAACGAAACAAAAACAGGAUGAUAUGUUUGGAUGGGCAGAAGAGUCCUGACAGGAUACCUCGACUCAUGACGUCACAUGGAACGCUAGAUGCGAUCUUUGCUAUUUAUUCCAACUCACCGCUCACAAAAAUGCACACUCACUGCCUUAAAGUGUUAUUUGCCAACCAUGCAAAAGUUACUGGUCAUCAAACGAGCCUUUGUUUCCCAGAGUUUUGUCCAUUGUGUGAUGGAAUCCCAUUGGGUGCCACAGUGCACCUGUUCGUGCUGUGGCUGUAGAGCAUAUGAGAGGCUUUUUGCCUGUCAGCGUUUGGACUUGCAAGCUCUUGUCGUGCAAUCUUGUCUGCAGGGCGGACUCUUUUGGGUCUGUGCAUCCAGCUCAUAAUUGCCUUGGUCCAGCUGGAGUCAUUAAAGGCCCGUGCAAGUGCAUGUUUUGCAAAAAAACAAAACAAACAAACAAAAACAAAAAAACCUAAACAAAAAACAAAGAGCAAAAAUGAGAGGGGAGAGAAUGUCACACACACACGCACACAAACACAUGCACACGCACACACAGAGUUAGAAGAGAGGAGAUAAUGCCUUGAAGAGAUUUUUGCCUGACUGCCAACCAGUCAGGAGGCGCUGUGUGAGGGUCAUCUUGCGCUUUUGUGGACAGAAAAGGACAAAAACGGACUUGUUGGCCCUGUUUUUAAAAGCACACACGUGAGGUGAACUUUUUCUGUUUCUCUCAAAAGUCUGCAUCUUUAUGAAAUGCACUUCCGCAGCUUACUGCGCCAAGGAGAUGCAGUCAGUUUGUCUGCUCAGAUGAGGAAAAUGUAAAACAAGAGACUCGCGAAAGAAGCGAUAUUUAAAUGCACAUUAGCUUUGAAUGCACUGCUGUUCAUUAUUUUUGAGCUGUAAAUAUUUUGUCUAGUCGAUAACUUUACAAAGUGCUCCGAAUGAAGAAAUGAGAGAACUGCAUUUCUUUGUAAAUAUACAAAAUGCACUCAAAUUGGUAUAAUGUCUAUUGUAUAAUUAUUUUAUUAUUUGUGAUGUACAGAGUUUUAUGAUAAUCAUAUAUUUCUUACAUUGAUAAGAGUAAUUUAAGGUGUAUCCAAUAUAUUUUGCAGAGGGUGGAAAUUACCAUCAUUAAGUGUCUACCUCAUCAUUGCAUAUCGGACCUGAGUUUUGAGGUGAGCUUUCACAGUAUCACAGUACACACACAGUACACACACACACACACACACACA